AAAGGAAAGGAAGGGGAAGGAGGGGGGGCGGCUGCUCGGCCCCGCCUGGGGUCGCGGUGGCGGCUUCCUGCGGGCCGGAGGGAGGUGGAGGAGGCCUUUGGGGGCCGGGGCCGGGCCUCGGGGCCGGGCUGUGUGAGGGAGAUCCGGGACAGGAGCGGCAGAAUUUGGAGAAGAGGGGACCUUGUAUAUCUGAGUCACCAUGUCUGGAAUUGGCAAUAAAAGGGCAGCUGGGGACCCUGGCCCUUCUGCACCUCCAGAAAAGAAGGCUGGGGUUGAAGACUCGGGAACCACAGUGGAGACCAUCAAACUCGGAGGUGUUUCUUCAACGGAGGAGAUGGAUAUUCGGACCCUGCAGACCAAGAAUCGGAAACUAGCAGAGAUGCUUGACCAGCGGCAGGCCAUUGAGGAUGAGCUGCGGGAGCACAUAGAGAAGCUGGAGCGUCGGCAGGCCACUGAUGAUGCCUCUCUGCUGAUCAUCAAUCGCUACUGGAAUCAGUUUGAUGAAAACAUCCGCAUCAUCCUAAAACGCUUUGACCUGGACCAAGGUCUUGGAGAUCUCCUGUCUGAAAGAAAAGCACUGGUGGUACCAGAACCUGAACCAGACUCAGACAGUAAUCAGGAGCGUAAAGAUGAGAGAGAGCGAGGUGAAGGACUGGAGCCAGCAUUCUCCUUCCUAGCCACCCUAGCCAGCAGCACUAGUGAGGAGAUAGAGUCUCAGCUGCAGGAGCGUGUAGAGUCCUCCCGGCGUGCUGUUGCCCAAAUUGUCACAAUGUAUGACAAGCUGCAGGAAAAAGUGGAUGUGCUGUCCCACAAGCUGAAUAGUGGAGAUAUUACGCUGAUGGAAGAAGCAGUCCUGGAGCUUAAUUCCUACCUGUCACAUGAAAAUGGACGACUGCAAGAGCUGGCUGAUCUUCUUCAGGAAAAACAUCGAAUCAUGUCUCAGGAGUUCUCCAAGCUGCAAGAGAGAGUGGAGACAGCAGAGUCUCGUGUGUCUGUUCUGGAGACUAUGAUUGAUGACCUUCAAUGGAAUAUUGACAAGAUCCGUAAGAGAGAGCAGCGUCUUAACCGGCACUUAGCAGAUGUUCUUGAACGGGUAAAUUCCAAAGGCUACAAGGUGUAUGGAGCUGGGAGUAGUCUCUACGGGGGCACAAUCACCAUUAAUGCCCGCAAGUUUGAGGAGAUGAAUGCAGAACUGGAAGAGAAUAAAGAGCUUGCUGGGAACCGCCUCAAUGAGUUGGAGGAACUGCGCCAGGAUCUUGCAGAAGUAACAACACAGAAUGAAAAACUUAAGGUUGAGCUGCGACGAGCAGUGGAGGAGGCGGUGAAGGAGACUCCAGAAUACCGCUGCAUGCAGUCCCAAUUUUCUGUUUUGUAUAAUGAGAGUCUCCAGCUGAAGGCACAUCUUGAUGAGGCCCGCACUCUGCUUCAUGGCACCCGCACCACACACCAGCGCCAGGUGGAACUAAUUGAGAGGGAUGAGGUCAGCCUUCACAAGAAGCUGCGCACAGAAGUGAUUCAGCUAGAGGACACUCUAGCACAAGUCCGCAAAGAGUAUGAGAUGUUGAGGAUUGAGUUUGAACAGACACUUGCUGCCAAUGAACAAGCAGGUCCAAUUAAUCGAGAGAUGCGUCAUCUCAUCAGCAGCCUCCAAAAUCACAACCACCAGCUGAAGGGAGAGGUGUUGAGAUACAAGCGCAAACUGAGAGAGGCCCAGUCUGACUUGAGCAAGAUCCGCUCUCGCAGUGGCAGUACUAUCUUACAGUCCCAGUCCAGCACUGAAGACACAAAGGAGGAGCCUCCAGAGAUCAAACAGGAGCCAGAUGAUCCUUCUGCCCAAGUACCUGUGCCCAAGGCUGCUUCUGAAGAUGCUAGUGAAGUUAAGGCCAGGCGAGAUGAAGAGGAACGGGAGCGGGAAAGACGUGAGAGGGAGAGGGAACGAGAGAAGGAAAAGGAGAAAGAGAGGGAGCGAGAGAAAGAGAAAGAAAAGGAAAAGGAGCGGGAGCGGGAAAAACAGAAGCAGAAGGAAUCUGAGAAGGAAAGAGAGUCCAAAGAGAAGGAGAAAGGGAAACAUGAAGAUGGAAGAAAGAAGGAGGCUGAAGUGAUCAAGCAGCUGAAGGCAGAGCUCAAGAAGGCCCAGGAGAGCCAGAAGGAGAUGAAGCUGUUGUUAGAUAUGUACCGCUCUGCCCCCAAAGAACAGAGAGACAAAGUGCAGCUGAUGGCAGCUGAGAAGAAAGCAAAAGCUGAGCUGGAAGAACUAAGACAAAGGGUAAAAGAAUUGGAAGACAAGGAGAAAAAGGAGAGUAAAAAGAUGGCUGAUGAGGAUGCCCUCCGGAAGAUCCGAGCAGUAGAGGAACAGAUUGAGUAUUUACAGAAGAAACUCGCCAUGGCUAAACAGGAGGAGGAGGCUCUGCUGUCAGAAAUGGAUGUCACAGGCCAAGCCUUUGAAGACAUGCAGGAGCAGAAUAUCCGCCUGAUGCAGCAGCUGCGGGAGAAGGAUGAUGCCAACUUCAAGCUCAUGUCAGAGCGCAUCAAGUCCAACCAGAUCCACAAGCUGCUGAAAGAGGAGAAAGAGGAGCUGGCAGACCAAGUUUUAACACUGAAGACACAGGUUGAUGCCCAGCUGCAAGUUGUACGUAAACUGGAGGAGAAGGAACACUUACUGCAAAGCAGUAUUGGAACAGGGGAGAAAGAGCUAGGUCUCCGAACACAAGCCCUGGAAAUGAACAAACGCAAGGCCAUGGAUGCAGCCCAGCUUGCAGAUGACCUGAAAACCCAGCUAGAGGUGGCUCAGAAGAAGCUGCAUGACUUCCAGGAUGAGAUAGUGGAAAACAGAGUAACUAGAGAGAAAGAGAUGUUCAACUUCAAAAGGGCUGAGGAAGACAUUUCUAGGUUACGCAGGAAGCUGGAGACCACUAAGAAGCCUGACAUGGUUCCCAACUGUGAUGAGAUACUGAUGGAAGAAAUCAAGGAUUACAAGGCCCGCUUGACCUGCCCGUGCUGUAACAUGCGCAAAAAGGAUGCUGUCCUCACGAAGUGUUUUCACGUCUUCUGCUUUGAGUGUGUGAAAACACGCUAUGACACCCGGCAGCGUAAGUGCCCCAAGUGCAACGCCGCCUUCGGAGCCAAUGACUUCCACAGGAUCUACAUCGGUUGAUUCUUCCCACUGGAGUUGCAGGACAUUGCUGUUUGUGGUGACCACCCAGCCUCCCUCACUUUCUCUUACUGUUACCUGUGGGGCAGUCGGUGCUUCUGUCUGUUCAUCUACAGGCUCUUCUGGGCAGCGUGAUUAGGGAAUGGAAAGAAAUAGAUUGCGGAUUUUGGUUCCUUUCUUGUC